AGGCCCAGCAGUUAGAGCAGUCCAGCCUCUCCACUUUCACCUGCCUACUUUUUUCAAGAAUGCAGAGCUCCCAUGGAGCCGGCGGGGGGGACAAGGGCGUCCCUGAGGAGUCCCGGGGGUAUUACCGCACGGCCCCCUUCGACCCCCGCUUCCCCAACACAAACCAGACCCGCAACUGCUACCAGAACUACCUGGACUAUUACCGCUGCCUGAAGACACUGGGGGCGAAGGGAAAGGACACCAGGCCAUGCCAGUGGUACUACCGGGUCUACAAGUCCCUGUGCCCCAUCUCCUGGGUGAAGCGCUGGGAUGAGCAGCGGGACGACGGCUCCUUCGCUGGCAGGAUCUAG